UUCUCAUUUUUAUCUUUUCUGCAGUCAAUUCUUUUUUAUGACCUAGCUAGCUACCUGAUACUUCUUUUUAGAAAAAAAAAUUGUGAACAAAGAAUAAUUCAUAAUUGCCUGUAAAGAUACGGACUUUCAAUUAUAAAACAAAGAACGCAUGUUUAAUUCAUCUUCUGAAUUUCCAAAUUUUAGAUUCUUUUUGUCAUUUUUAAGAUUUUUUUAUUUUAUUCUUUGCAUGCUUAGAUAAAUCAGGGAUUUUAUUUUUAGAAGUUGGGAUCGGACCCACCUUCUAGGUCAGGCAUAUUUCACAUGCUGAUCGCAUUUCUGGUCAUGGGUUAUUAGUGAAUUGGUAAUAAUGUAGGGUGUUUAAAGGCAAAUUCUAUUACUCGGUAUAGUGGAUUUAGGGUUUUAGCUGUUUAUCCCUGCAAAAAUUAUAGGUUGUUUCUUUGCAGGUGGGUUGUUAAAGCAUCUAUCUUUAAUUUUUGGUAACUUCCAUUUAUUGGGUUAUUAUUUAUUACAUGUGCUGAGUAGUGUGUACUCUCAUAUUUGCCUUGUCUUGUUGCCACUGUGGCAUAGGCUGUACGGUUGAUUGUGAGAUUGUUAAUAUAAAGGUUUAAUUUUUUGUGCUUUUAUGUGUCUCUAUAGAGCGGUAAAUGGGUUGCAUGCAAUUGCUUUAGAGUUUUGAUUGAAGCCAUGCUGUUUUAUUGUAUGCAUUUAAGAAAUUUUAAUUAAUUCUAAUUUUUUGGUAACUUCUCUUUUGGUGAAAAGAUUGUCUGGUGUAAGGUUUUCAAUUCAGUAUAUUGCAGUAGUUUUCAUUUGAUGUUCUUAUUGUUUUUAAUUAAAAUCUAAAUUUGAAGAUAAUUAAUUAAUCAUGAAUAUGUCUAUUGUGUUCACAUGAUGAGGAUAAGGCUCAAGGAGAAUAUGGAGUCGUACAUAAAGGUUUACUAUUGUGUACUGAAUUGGUAAAUAAUGAAUUUGAGAUGGCAUAAUUAAUAUUAAGCAUUUCAGUGGUUCAGUGUGGAUUGUUGUUAUUUUUCUAAUAGCAUAGAAAAGACAGUGAAAAUUGCAAGCAAGGAGAUUAGAGGUUUGCAAUUAUUGGGCGUCGGAUCGGGAUAUUUAGCUUUUUUCAUUUCUAAAUGCUUCAAAAUAUCUCUUUGGGCCUUUUAAUUAUAAGUAAUGUGAACUAUUGAUAUCUGAAAUCCUGCAGAGUUGCUAUUUUAACUCUUUAACCUGCAAGUUGUGCCUCCUCGUUUCUAUUCUAUUGUGUAUAUGUAAGCAUUACAAUUUUGUGAUUUGGAUUACUUUUAAAUUUUGUGUGCAAUCUUCUAUUAUUUACCUUAGAUUAAAGUGCGAUGGCUGACUGUGAACUUACAAGAGUUAGAUAAUGCUUUAUUUAUCUUUUAAACAUCUAUUCAUAAGCUAAAUAUGCAUGCAUCUGUUUCUUAUUUUCUUGGUCCUUCACCCAUUUUUGAGUAUUUUUCUUUCCAAUGUUGUCUUUGUUAUGCGAUAUAAAGCACAUGAUAUUCAAUCACGUGACCAGGUUUUUGAGAGUUCUUUAUGGAGGCCAUUUGCAUGUGGCAUUAUAAUGUGAUCUGUUAGUUUAGUUCACCAAGAUUACUUUUAACUGUGUUGUUUAGAAAUUCAAUUCUUUCUACCAGCUUCAGUGCUACAUGGUUCUGAUUCAUCUGUGGCUUGAGCUAUUUGAACAGGGAAAUGAGUGCAGAAAUAAUAAAUUAUCUUGUACGCAUUAGAUGGGACUACAGAUUUUAGGGUAAUUAUGGAAGUGCUUCCUUGUUCUGGCGUUCAAUAUGUUGAAGAAGUUGAUUGUGCUCAACAGAAUUCAGGAGCAGGUUGUAAUUUUGAUCGAGAAUCAAAUGGCUUUGAGCAUGGACAACAAGUUCAAAUGGCUGAUGCCAGAGUGGAUAACGUAUCAGUACAUGUGGAAGGCCCUCAAAUAGAAAGACGAAGUGAAGGCCAAGGGAUAGCAGGCGAGUUGCCCAUCUCUGACGGACACCAAAAUGGAGUUUCAUAUUCUGAUUGUCAGGUGGACAGCCAAAGAGUAUCUGGUGAUUCUCACGAUUUUGAAGAUGAUGACAUCAAUGUACAGAAUUAUUGCACAGAACCUUGUGAGGCCCCCGAUAACUGUCAAGUAGUUGUGGAUACUAUUGACAGUGAUCUGAGCAACUCUAGAGAUGGAGAGUCAUCUGUUUCGGAGCCCAAGUGGCUAGAACAUGAUGAAUCUGUGGCAUUGUGGGUGAAGUGGAGGGGAAAGUGGCAGGCAGGAAUUAGAUGUGCCAGGGCAGACUGGCCAUUGUCAACUCUGAGAGCAAAACCAACUCAUGAUCGGAAGAAGUAUUUUGUGAUAUUUUUUCCCCACACUAGGAAUUACUCCUGGGCAGAUAUGCUACUUGUUCGAUCAAUCAACGAAUUUCCUCAUCCUAUUGCAUAUAGGACGCAUAAAAUAGGGCUAAAAAUGGUUAAAGAUUUGAAUGUAGCUCGGCGGUUUAUAAUGAAAAAGCUAGCUGUUGGCAUGUUGAAUAUCAUUGAUCAAUUUCAUACUGAGGCUCUGAUAGAGACUGCUCGUGACGUGAUGGUUUGGAAAGAAUUUGCUAUGGAAGCUUCACGCUGUACUGGUUAUUCUGAUCUUGGAAGAAUGCUUUUGAAGCUUCAAAAUAUGAUAUUUCAGCGCUACAUUAAAUCUGACUGGUUGGCACAUUCUUUUCAAUCUUGGAUGCAACGAUGUCAGGUUGCACAAAGUGCUGAAUCUGUUGAACUGCUGAGGGAGGAAUUGUCUGAUUCUAUCCUUUGGAAUGAAGUAAACUCUCUCUGGAAUGCCCCAGUGCAGCCAACGCUGGGUUCUGAAUGGAAAACCUGGAAGCAUGAAGUAAUGAAAUGGUUCUCGACAUCUCGCCCUGUAUCUAGUAGUGGAGAUUUAGAGCAGAGGAGCUGCGACAGUCCCUCAACCGUGAGUCUUCAAGUUGGCAGGAAGAGGCCUAAGCUUGAAGUUCGUCGUGCAGAGCCACAUGCUUCCCAGAUUGAAACAAGCAGUCCGCUUCAAACUAUGACCGUUGAAAUUGACACUGAGUUCUUCAAUAAUCGAGACAGUAUAAAUGCCACUGCUGUAGCAUCAAGUCUCUCUAAAGAUGAAGAUUUUGGAGAGGGAGCUGCACCUUUAGAGUCUCCCUGCAGUGUGGCUGAUAGAUGGGAUGAAAUUGUAGUUGAAGCCAGAAACUCUGAUGUCAUACUGACUAAAGAUGUUGAAAGAACUCCUGUAAGUGAAGCUGUGGAUAAGAAAACUAUAGAUCAUGGAAACAAGAAUCGGCAGUGCAUUGCUUUUAUUGAAUCUAAGGGAAGGCAGUGUGUUAGGUGGGCAAAUGAUGGCGAUGUUUACUGUUGUGUACAUUUGGCCUCUCGUUUCAUAGGCAGCUCCAUUAAAGCAGAGGCAAGUCCUCCUGUUAAUAGUCCUAUGUGUGAAGGUACUACUGUUCUUGGCACUCGAUGUAAACAUCGGUCUCUACCAGGUGCCUCAUUCUGUAAGAAACACGGGCCCCGGGGUGAUACCACAAAUGUAUCAAAUUCAUCUGAGAAUGCACUCAAGAGAAGGCAUGAAGAGAUUGUUCCAGGUUCAGAAACCGCAUACUGCCAAGAUAUUGUUUUGGUGGGAGAAGUUGAAAGUCCACUUCAAGUGGAGCCCGUCUCAGUCAUGGAUGGAGAUGCCUUCCAUGAAAGGAACAGGUUAAAUGAAAAGCUUGAGCACUCUAGUCAAGAUCAUAAUGUCACAGUGGUGCACCACUGCAUAGGCUCAAGUCCAUUUGAUAUUAAUGGCCCUUGUCAUGAAUCUCCAAAGCGUUAUUUAUUAUACUGCGAUAAACACAUUCCUAGUUGGCUAAAGCGUGCAAGGAAUGGGAAAAGUAGAAUAAUACCUAAGGAAGUGUUUGCAGAUCUUUUAAAGGAUUGCCAUUCACUGGAUCAAAAAAUGCGUUUACAUCAAGCUUGUGAGCUUUUCUACAAGCUCUUCAAAAGUAUUUUAUCCCUUAGAAACCCAGUUCCAAUGGAGAUUCAACUUCAGUGGGCCCUAUCUGAAGCUUCUAAAGAUUUUGGUGUGGGGGAACUCUUACUGAAGUUGGUUUGCACUGAAAAAGACAGACUCAUGAAAAUAUGGGGCUUCAGGACUGAUGAAGCUGUAGAUGUUUCUUCCUCUGCCACGGAAAACACACCAAUUUUGCCAUUGACUAUUGAUGGUAGCCAUGUCGAUGAAAAGUCAAUUAAGUGCAAAUUUUGCUCAGAGGAGUUUCUUGACGACCAAGAGCUUGGCAACCACUGGAUGGACAAUCAUAAAAAGGAAGUUCAAUGGCUAUUCAGGGGUUAUGCCUGUGCCAUCUGCCUCGACUCUUUUACUAACCGGAAACUCUUAGAAAAUCAUGUGCAGGAGACUCACCAUGUGGAAUUUGUUGAACAGUGCAUGCUUCUCCAGUGCAUUCCGUGUGGCAGCCACUUUGGGAAUGCCGAGGAGUUAUGGUUGCAUGUCCUCUCUAUCCAUCCUGUUGAAUUUAGGCUGUCAAAAGUGGUUCAACAACAUAAUAUUCCCUUGCAUGAAGGGAGAGAUGAUUCUGUGCAGAAACUGGAUCAAUGUAAUAUGGCUUCAGUAGAAAAUAACACUGAGAAUUUAGGUGGUAUCCGAAAAUUUAUAUGCAGGUUUUGUGGCUUGAAAUUUGAUCUGCUGCCUGAUCUUGGCCGGCAUCAUCAGGCUGCUCAUAUGGGACCAAAUCUAUUAAGUUCUCGCCCCCCAAAGAGGGGGAUUCGUUAUUAUGCUUACAGAUUAAAAUCUGGAAGACUUAGCCGUCCUAGAUUUAAGAAAGGUCUCGGAGCAGCAACAUAUAGGAUUAGGAACAGGGGUAGUGCUGCCCUGAAGAAACGUAUCCAGGCAUCAAAGUCACUUAGCACUGGCGGAUUUAGUUUACAGCCCCCUCUAACUGAUUCAGAAGCUCUUGGUAGAUUGGCAGAAACCCAUUGCUCAUCUGUGGCACAGAAUUUAUUUUCUGAGAUUCAGAAGACUAAACCUCGCCCCAAUAACCUUGACAUCCUAGCUGCUGCACGCUCGACUUGCUGUAAGGUGAGCCUAAAGGCCUCGCUAGAGGGCAAGUAUGGAGUGUUACCAGAGCGCCUGUAUCUCAAGGCAGCCAAACUUUGUAGUGAACAUAACAUUCGAGUGCAGUGGCACCGCGAUGGGUUUCUUUGUCCCAGAGGAUGUAAGAGUUUUAAGGACCCAGGAUUAUUGUUGCCCUUGAUGCCCCUUCCUAACAGUUUUAUAGGUAAACAGUCAGCACAUUCAUCCGGUUGUGCAGACAAUGGGUGGGAAAUUGAUGAGUGUCAUUAUGUCAUUGGUUUGCACGAUUUUACAGAGAGGCCUAGAACUAAGGUCACUAUCUUGUGCAAUGAUAUAAGCUUUGGAAAGGAAUCAAUACCAAUAACUUGUGUAGUAGAUGAGGACAUGCUAGCAUCUCUUAAUGUUUAUGAUGAUGGUCAAAUUACUAAUUUACCCAUGCCUUGGGAAUGCUUUACCUAUAUCACGAGGCCCUUGCUCGAUCAAUUUCAUAAUCCUAAUAUUGAGAGUUUGCAAUUGGGAUGUGCUUGCCCUCAUUCAUCAUGCUGCCCUGGAAGGUGUGAUCAUGUUUACCUCUUUGAUAAUGACUAUGAAGAUGCAAAAGAUAUAUAUGGGAAACCCAUGCAUGGCAGAUUUCCAUAUGACGAUAAAGGGCGCAUUAUAUUGGAGGAGGGUUACCUGGUUUACGAGUGCAAUCAGAUGUGCAGCUGCAGCAAAACCUGCCCAAAUAGGGUUUUGCAGAACGGGAUACGAGUAAAGUUAGAAGUCUACAAAACAAAGAAUAAGGGAUGGGCAGUCAGGGCAGGCGAACCAAUCCUAAGUGGCACAUUCGUGUGCGAAUAUAUUGGGGAGGUCUUGGAUGAGGUGGAGGCAAACCAAAGGCGUGGCAGAUAUAGCGAAGAAAGCUGCAGCUAUAUGUAUGACAUAGAUGCUCAUACCAAUGACAUGAGCAGAUUGAUGGAGGGACAGGUCAAGUAUGUGAUUGAUGCCACCAAGCAUGGGAAUGUUUCACGGUUCAUCAAUCACAGCUGCUUGCCAAAUCUUGUGAACCACCAAGUUAUCAUCAACAGCAUGGAUGCACAGCGUGCUCAUAUUGGGCUGUAUGCAAGUCGAGAUAUAGCAUUCGGUGAAGAACUGACAUAUAAUUAUCGGUAUAAUCUGGUACCUGGAGAAGGUUAUCCUUGCCAUUGUGGAACUUCCAAGUGCAGAGGCCGCCUGUGCUAAAUCUUAAUAAUGUUUACAUUGUUGAGGCCUUAUCUGCAUGAAACAAGGGUCAUGACUGAUCCUGACACAGGAGACAUCUGAGCCAGUUCUGUGCAGGUGUAGGUGUUGGCAUUCAUCAGUGUACCAAAUCGUAAGUGCUCUCUCUCUGAUCGGACACGCAUGCUAACAGUAUAGUUACCGUGUCCAUGGAGAUGGGACGAGGGCUCCAUGUCUGAAGCAAGAUUUUAGCUGUAACUGCAAGUGAUUUGUGUCUAUUCUCAAUUAGGUGUACACGUUAUUGAAAAGAGGAAAUCCCAUUCUGCUCGGCAUCUCCCAUUUUCUGUAGCAGUGUAUCAAAUGCUGCCUUUGUAGCUUAGCUAGAAGUGUAGAUGGUCUUUUUCUGUUUGAAGUUUGUAGGUAUCAUGAUUGUGGGUAGUCUUGUCAUGGGAAUGCAUAAAUGGCCUGUUUCAAAUAAUUUUUGGAUGCCAUGCCCAUGUUUUUGGCUAUUUACCCAUCAUUAACAUGUAAAUAAUAUUUGAGUAAACAAAAGCCCCCCUUUUCUUCUUUUA